GGGUGAUGGAUGAGGCCCUGAGGAGAUGGGCUGUAAAAAAGGCUGAUUCUGGCACUCAAGGGUAAACUGUAACCUGACUCCUGGCUGUUACCAUGGCACUACUGAGGAAAAGCAAAGGUUGAUGGGAGUUCUGGACGGCUAAAGGAGCACACAUGCAGUCUUUUCUACCCUGGCUACAAGUUUUUUUUUUCCCCAUGACCUCUAGAAAACAUCAGAAAGAAGACAUGAAGAAUCUAACAGCCUUCAACAGUCCCUCCUCAUCUGUGAGCCACUGACAGGAGCAAGUUAAAGUAUCAGGUGUGAAAUAUUGAUGUGGCGACAGGUGUGAUCCUAAACAGACAACAGGUCGUCUGAUCGAUGUAUCACACAGCGAGGGGCUGCCAGCUCCCCUGACGCAGGCCGAACCACGGACCUCAGGACUGAUUCACAGAGCCCCACUCCUCCUGGAGCUGGUGGUGAGCGGGCAGAGGGAGGUCAGGUCGACCAGCCUGUUGUCCGGGAGCUGUGGUUCAUUGUUGUGAUGGCUGGCAUAGCCCUGCUGCUGCUGGCUGUCGUGCUCGGUGUUGUGCUUCAUAAGGCCCUGAACAGACCCCCCUUCACCAGAGAGAGACCCCCACUGGUGGCUCUGCCCAUGCAGAAGAGAAGCCCUAGGGCCAUUUAUCCAGCCAGUAACUCCGUGCUGUUUGACACCGUGCCCAGCACAACAGGCUUCUCUAACAGCGUCACACUGAAGGGCUUCACCAUGAAGCUUGAGGAGGUGCUGGAAACUAAAUGUGAGCCUGUCGAUGAAGAAGUCCCCCCGCAGGGUGAACUGGGGAUCCUCAACGUGAACUCCCUGAGGCGCAGUGUCAGCCAGGUGAUGGACGGGAAGUCAUCCACAGGAGACGACGAGGCCUGGGACCCGGACAUAUCAGGCCAUGACAGUGGGAUGUUUAUGGACGAUGAGGAGUUUGUCGACACCAUCAAAGGUUUCAGCACAGUGAGGAAGGAGCACACCAUGUUCACUGACACCAACCUGUGACCUGUGAGGACGACCUUUGAACCCGACAGGACAUCAGCCCUGCGGGAUGUUUUAACAUUUUGACAAGCGAGGCCACGCGCUCACAUAAAACCUGUCUGAGGUCCAGGCCAGUUAAAGUGACAGUGUAGCAUGUCCAGAGUCAUAAAGAGAUCAGACACAGGGAAAGGAAGUUAAUUCUCUUAUGAUGUAAAGAAUUAAGAAAGAUGUGAGUCAGACAGGAGUGCUGGAAUGAGGUGACAAGGAGAAAGGAAAAGCAUAUAUUAGGUCUUGGCUGUACAUUUGAGUAGAAGGGAGCACUGGAAUAAACUGAGAGUCUCAUAGCACCAAGAAACCAAAGAUACUGUGUGGUGCUGCAGCAAAACAGUAUUGUUAGCUAUUUGAACUUCUUUUACUGACAUUAAUUUUCUGUCGGCUCUCAUUAAUGGGAAAAUUCUUUACAUUUCUUUGACUACUUUUCAGCUGAUGGAGCAAAAAUAAUGUGUGGUGGUCUUGAACCUUUAAUGGAUCCUGAUGGAUGCAGUUUGCAGGUGCCAUUAAGGUAGUCUCCAUUAACUGAAGAGACCAUACUCAAAACAUGUAUAUAAAUAUAAUAUAGAUAUGAAAACAGUGAAAUAUAUCAGAACAGUUAUCAAAUCUUAAUGCAUAGCUUAAUUUGUAGGACACACUUGUGUAGAGGGUUCAAAAUAUCUUGAAACUACUUUCUUUUAUAACAAAUUUUGUAUCAGAAUAAAAAAAGUCAACGUCGCUGCUAGGUGAAAACA